CACUCCUCCCUGAAUGGGAAGAUAUUGAUCAAUACCUACACAGGGACUCUUUAAACAGUUCCAAUAAACAGCCUCUGUUUGAACACACACAUUGACGCAGUUCACCUACUUCAGGCCCCACGAUUCACCACUUGCGAAAUUUUCUGAAGGAAUAAACUUUGUACAGGUUGACAAGAGAGCAGAUCGUAAAAAUGAGUUGUCUGGUGGGCCUAGGGCGUGUUCUUAUUGUUGUCAUAAACAUCAUAUUUCUGAUUCUUGGACUGGUGUUUUUCGCCUUGGGAUUAGUAUGCUUAGUGGGACAGAGUGUAUUGGAACCUUACUAUAAGGGUGUUCUCGACUCGUUGAAGAAUCAGUUGGAGAGUAAUAACUUUGGCACUGUGGAUUUUUCUUCCUUCAAUAUCAGUGAUUUGAUUGGCGGAUUAGGAUACUUUUUCGUUGGUCUAGGCCUUUUUCUGUUGAUUAUUACAAUUUUUGGAUGCUGUGGGGCCUGUUGUAAAGUGAAAUUUAUGUUGGUUACUUAUGCGAUCAUCGUCAUUGUUAUACUUGUCGGAGAACUCAUUUUCGUCGGAAUCCUUUACGGCUCUCCAAACACGAUAAAAGACGAAAUAAAGAAUCCGUUGAAAACGUCCAUUCAGAGUGAUUACAUUGGAUUUAAUGGAACUAACCUCGUCAGUCUGGGUUGGAACUUUGCACAUAGACAGUUUAAAUGUUGUGGUGUGGACAGUUACAACGAUUUUACUGGAGGGGCAAAAUGGAACACAAAUUACGGAACCGGUCUAAAAGCGCCAAUAACGUGUUGCAUAACAAUUCCGGACUCAGCGUUACCAACGUGUGCAACAACACCAGCAGACAUAUACACCAAGGGAUGUUUUGAUGAAGUAUAUAGCAUGCUGUUAGGGAAUGUAGCUUUAGUGGCUGGCUCCAUUGCUGGAUGCGGUGCCUUUCAGCUUGUUCUAAUUAUCUUUGCUCUUAUCAUCUUUUGUGAUGCACGACAGUCAUCGAAAGUUGAUCCCAAACGAUGAUCUUUUAACAAUCCGUCAGCGCCAACACCAAGAUAAAAUUUUCAGAGGAAACGGGAGGUUACUUUUUGGAAAAAUCUGCUUCCGUCCAAAAUUGAAUACAAUAACCUUGUGAAUUAUCUUUAAGUGAUUCAACUGGGAAAAUUAUUUCAUGAAAAAUAGCUAGGAAUAUUGUAGUUACUAAUAUAUUUAGAAAAUGGAGAACUGAUGGAUUAAAGUUCUCUGACCCUUGGUCUAAAUAUUUAUAUAAUGUUAUCGUCUGCUGCGCAGGGAACACCAUGAUUUAUUGUUGAAUUGUUAUAUGUGAUUGUAUUGAUAUGAUAAUUUAUUUAUUAAGUUUGAUUGCUUCCUGAUGAUGAAGGUUGAUUUGACCUGAACCGCUACCUUUUCUGUAAUAAAAUAUUUUAUUGUU